UGUUUGUUUGGUUGUAGGUCAUCAAUCUUCUGGUCCCGCGGUUGCUCCUCUCUUUAGAUUGGUGGGUGUUGGGUGAGUGACAGCCGGAUAGACCAAUUAAAUGAGGGCGGGGCCUGGAGGAGGCCAAUCAGGAGUCGCGGAGAGCGGAGUGUGAUACAAGUGAGAGAGCGGGAGAGGAUCGGAGAUGAGUGAUCGGGAGAUCCGCCAAUUGGAGAAGGCGAAAUGUCGCGCUCAGAAAAGCCGAAACCUGAAGGAAGAAUCCACCAUCUGCAACCAGCUGGGGGAGCUUCUCGCCAAGAGCGGACAAUUCCAGGAGGCCAUCGAGGAGCACCGGCAGGAGCUGGGGAUCUGCCAGGGAUUGGGUGAUGUCAUUGGCUGUGCUGUGGCCAAUCGGAAAAUUGGGGAAUGCUUCGCAGAACUGGGGAAUUAUGAGGCCGCCCUCAAGCAUCAGCACCUUCACAUGGACCUGGCCAAGUCAGUCUCCUCGGACAUUGAGGAGCAGAGAGCGUUGGCCACCAUUGGCCGCACCUACCUAUAUAUGUGUGAGGUGGGGAAGGGGGAGGCCCAACGCCCAGCAGAAGAUGCCUUCCUGAAGAGUUUGGCCAUUGUGGAUGAGCGUCUAGAAGGCAAAGUGUCCCAGCGAGAUCUGAGUGAGAUGAGGGCCCGCCUCUUCCUGAAUCUGGGCUUCCUCUAUGACAUCAUGGGGAAAGCGGACAAGUGCAGCCAUUACAUCCGGAAGAGUAUCUUCAUCUCUGAGUAAUCCU